GGAUGAGGGGGUCAAAGUGCACCGGAACGUCAGCAGUAAGGCCUCUGGAAUCCCGGUGCUUGUGGCGUGGGAAGAUCGGGGCUCUCGUUCACAGCAAAGGGGCUGAAGCAGCUGGACCGCCAUGGCGGGAGAGGGGAGGUCUCGAAGAGUUGGAAUCAUUGGCUUUGGACACUUAGGACAAUAUCUCACCAGGAAGAUCACGGAGGAGGGUGAGCAGAACAGUCUGGAACUGGCCUUCGUAUGGAACAGGAACCAAGCAAAGAUGGAUGGAAAAGUCCAAAGGGACCACCAGCUGGAAUCUCUCAGCGAGAUGGUGCAGAGACGUGCGGAUCUGAUUGUGGAAGUUGCCCAUCCUCAGAUCACAAAGGAAUAUGGGGAGGAGAUCCUCAGACAUGCUGAUUUCAUGGUUGGCUCUCCCACUGCGUUUGCUGAGCAGCCAGUUGAAGCCAAGUGUCGUGAGGCAGCGAGAAGGCACGGACAUACCCUCUACGUACCCAGUGGAGCACUGUGGGGGGGAGAGGACAUCCAGAAAAUGGCCGACAGCAAGACUCUGAAGGGACUGAAGGUGACGAUGAUCAAGCACCCAGACAGCUUCAGGCUGGUGGGCCACCUCGAGGAGCUGAAGGAGAAGGGGAGGGGCGAGUGGACAGUGCUGUACCAGGGCCCCGUGAGGGAUCUGUGCCCGCUGGCACCCAACAACGUCAACACCAUGGCUGCUGCCGCUCUGGCUGCCCACAACCUGGGCUUCGAUCAGGUGCAGGGCUGCCUGGUUGCCGACCCCAGUUUAACGGACUGGCACGUGGUGGACAUCGAGCUGAGAGGCCCAGUUGAUGAAGCCACAGGUCACCAAUUCACAGUGAAGAGCACACGAAGGAACCCCUCCUCACCGGGAGCAGUGACAGGGGCUGCCACCUACGCCUCAUUCUGGAGUAGUCUGCUGAACUGCAAAGGUCACGGGGGAAAACUCUGUCUCUGCUGAUGAUCCGUCCCAACCAAACAUUAUGGAAGACUGCGUCAGCGUUUAGAACUUAAGCGAGUGAUACGACAUUGUAGGAAACCAUAAUUCCUCACACAAACAAUAAAAUCGCGAUCUAUAUUA